ACCUCACCAAAAAAGAUUCUGACUCUCACAUUAAACCAUAACUAAUUCUUAGAAUUGUCAUAAAUUACUGUUUGGUUAUUAUUUUGUUUUGUUUUUUAAUUUGCGAACGUACCAUAUCACGAGUUAGCUUUCACUCAACCUCCCCCCGCAUCUACAUUGGUACGCCCUAAACCAGAUAAACGCUUGGAAAAUGCAACAGUAUUGGGAAAUACGAAACUGGCGUCCAUGUUGGCUCUGUAUGGGACCGCCUAAGGUUAAAAGGCUCGUGAUAUUGAGAUCCAAUAUGGCGUCCGAAAGGAAACAGUUUCCGUGAGGAGGGAUUUAAGGGCGGGGCGUGUGUUUGCGAGUAAUGAAUGAAGACGUGGUUGCUCCACUUACUGGCAAUACUAGGGAUUAACAGAGCCAAAAUAAUGGGGGAUCCAGAAAUGGGGCGAGCAUCGAUUUGUUUAUUCAGAUUCGUAAAAAGAGGAGAUUUUUCCGUCACGGGGAAUAACAGAUAGCCUGCUAAAUGCAGGUAAGCAAUAAUGGUCGAUGAUGUGUAGUUUAGUGUGAUGUGAUGGCGACCGAAUGCAGCCAAGAAGCGGUGUUAUGUUUUCUGACGGAGAGAGGAGGAAGAGUGAAGAACACGGAUUUGAUCAACCACUUCCGAUCCUUCAUUUUCCCCGAGCCCGAGAGGAAAGUCGCGGUUAAAGAGGCGUUUAAGAGCUACGUGGACAGCGUCGCGGUGGUGAAAGUGGAGAACGGAGUGAAAUAUGUCUGUCUGAGGAAAAGGUUCAGAGGGUCGGUGAAACGGGAGGAUGGCCAUCAUGGACCGGACAGCGCCGCCGUCCUGGAAACGAGCCUCAGCGCUGUUGUUACCCAUGACAACCGCAGGGACAACUGCCUCGCGCCUGUCAAACCGGGCAAGCCUCCGAGCCACGCGCUCAACACCGCCGUCCCGUCAGAGCACAAAGAUGCAAAACAAGAAAUACCGCCUGCCUCGUUUUGCGCAGGUGCGCGCACACCUCCGAAUACUUCGCAAACCGGUCCGGAUGGAUCAGCCUUCAUUUCGGCCGCGCACGGAUGUGAGGAUAAAACGGAAAUGGGGAAUAAGCACACCAGGAACGCUGGCGCUGCGAAUCACACCAGGUCUGUCUGGAAAUCAGAUGAAGCUCUGCAUGAUGCACAAACUGCUACGGGAGGAUGUGUUCCGGAGAUCGCCAAGACUGAACCGGAGACUGACCGAAGCACGUACUUAUACGUUGCAUAUUUACCGACGCAUACUGAAGAAGUAUGCCCGAGCGAGGACAGAGCUGAUCAUAGUCAUCCGGAGGGCGAGUCCGCAACGAAAGCACGCGAGGAGGACAGGUUAGGAGCAGGGAGUGGAUCACCGCGGAUCAGUUUAGGCACGUGCGAGGGCGGAGCGGAUGAGGGAAGCGCGGACUCUGCGAGCAGCACGCCCAAAGGCAGUCGGAAGAGUUUCAUCGCGCACAUGAUGAGCAGCUCGCCGCAGGUACGACGCAGCAUGGUGCUCAGGCACAGCCGACACGCAGCCAAGAGCGACUGCGACCCGUCGUCGGUAAACUGCGCGCACGCUGAAGAAGAGAGCGCCUCCGCGACACUGGACCCCGUGGAGCACGAGUGGAUGAUGUGCGCCUGCGACGGUGAGUGGGACAGCCUGGGUCGGCUCCUGAACAGGGAGCCCAGCCUCGUUUCCAAGAAGGACUUCGUUACCGGUUUCACGUGCCUGCACUGGGCCGCCAAGCUGGGCAAACACGAGCUGCUCGCCCAGAUCGUGAACUUUGCGCGGCAACGCGACUUGGCACUAGACGUGAACGCGCGCUCGAGCGCCGGCUACACGCCACUCCACCUGGCCGCCAUGCACAACCACAUCGAGGUAAUCAAGCUGCUGGUGGGCGCGUGCGACGCCGACGUGGAGGCGCGCGAUUACAGUGGCAAGAAGGCGAACCAGUAUUUGCGCAGCGAUGUCGCGCGAGACGUCCUCGACAUAGCGGGCGCCGACGCUGCCUCCGACCCCAGGAGCGAGGAGCUCGCGCUCGGAGACGACGCCACUGGGUGGAAGCUGCCCCGAGUUCUUCAAGCCAACCUGAGGCUGCUGAACCGCAGCGCGAGCGAGGACGACGGCCGGGACUGUGUCGGGGGGCUCGCGAGGGAGAGGCCACUUCGCCGGAAAUCGUCACUUAACAAGUUAAAGCCCAGACUGAGCAAGGUUCGCGCGGGGAUCACGCCGAUCGUUCACAGCACUUCUCACUUUGAGCGGCUCGAGGGAGCCACGGGUCAAACUUCCGGUCCGUUUAGAACCAGACCCAAGUCAAACCUAUUUGGGUGAUCUCAGACUUCUCAUAUUUGCUGCUUACACACACACACACACACACACACACA